UGCUCUAAAUCCAAGGUAGUAUUUUUUCAUUAAUAGUCCAGACUUUUUUGUAUACUUGUGACUAAACUACUCUCUAGACCUUGAGGGAAGGCAAGCAGUACUUAGAUCUGGCUCUGACCCACCCUAAUUCUGACAUCAGCAAGCGUCACAAGUAGCUGCUCCUUGGAAUCACCAGAAACAGGGUGAAGAGGAAAUUCACCAGGAGACCAUUCCAAAAUCUACCAGAAUCUAACUUGGGUUUUCAGCAUCACAGUAGAUUGUCGAAGAGGAACACGGCUGACAGACCCCCCUAACAAAAAGAAAUAUAAAAUGAGGUGUUCUCUUUUACUAAAAAAUCAAGUUGAUAUGAGCUCAGUUAAAUACCCACUAUGACACGUACCUCACUUUUCUUAGACCCAGAGCAAUCACUGCUGCACUUGACAAAGCACUGGGCAGCACUGGACAUUUUUUUUCUGGCAGAGCAUUACAUGUGGUUAUGAGAUGGGCAUACCGCCUUUUUGGGUUUUGGGGCAUCCAGAAUCGAGGACUUUGGAAUGAAGACAUCCAUCUAUUUCACAUAUAAAUAACAUAAAAAUGUCAAAGCAAUUUAAUUUUUUUAAAAAAGUGGGUGGACUGGAAAAUAAUAUAUUUUUGACAUUAUGGGAACUUCUAGAGUCCUGGACUUCUAAAAAUAACUGGAUGACAACCUUAUUUAUAAUUUUUCUGGGAAUUAUCUUUGCGAUGAUACUCAUAAAGAUUUGUACAGCCUUUCAGAAGAAGCCUGCACUUCCUUCAGAAAAGGAUAAUACAGAUGCCCACAAGUUCAGCCUGAGCUUCUCCUUUUGGUGCUCUGACAUUUUUUAUUCCCAUUUAUCUCUAGAUAACUGGUCAAUUCAUUCAUCUUCAGAAGAAAGAGUUGAUGACUUUUCAGAAAGAACAGUUACUUCAUCACUUACGUCUGAAGGAAAUGAAGGUGACUUUGGAGACAGAGUUUCACUGCCAGAUGAACCAACACAGGCAAGUACCAGUGAAAGUAAAUAUCGCGUAAGUCACUUUAGUGGAAGUCGUGAGCCAUCUUCAGAUGGUACGAGCUCGUCUUUGUCACUGUUCCAUUCAGAAGUACAGGAAAUUUUUCCAAGGUGCAGAGGGUAUCCUGAAAACGAACAUGAAACAAUACAGUUUUCAUCUAAGAAAUUAUUUUCCAUAAUGAAAGCCAACGAAAAUAAAAAUUUGAUGUUUUCUUCUGACUUCAACGUUUCAAGAAUUUCUAGAAUCAUUAUAGAAAGUGAAGAUCUAGAUGUGGCACCAUGCCCUCCUGCCCAUUUAUUUCUUUCGAGAGACCAAGUUAGACUUCUGGAAGAAAAUGUGAGAAAUCAAAUUCCUUUAAAAUCCAAAACGACUUUAGAGAGUAAAACUACCUGUCUGUACUCAAGGUCUCAAGAGCCCUUGAUUCAGGAUCAGCAUUCUGUUAGAAUGGACAUUUCUGCCGAAGCACAAGGUUCUUUUCCGGGACAAAGCGCUCUUCCAAAUCAAGAUUUUUCUGAAGCCCAAUUUACUGGUCAAGCCCAACAACGUGUUAACAACCAGGAAUCAAUCAACAGCCAGCCUGAUAUCAAGGCCAGAUACAUUGCUCUGCCUCACGAUCUGAUGCGGAAACCACUUUCCAGCGGCACACAAGACUCCUUCCAGACCCAGGAUAGGGACAGGAGCCAACAUUUGGUCCUAGUCCCACAUUCUGUUGAGAUUCAAGAUUCAAUCAAGGACCUAGAGUCUGAUACAAAACACUCAGAAGAGGCCCAAUAUUCUGUUUGGUUUGAAGAUUCAAACAAGAUUCAAUAUUCAAUCCCAGGGCAAAAUAAUAUUUUUAAUAAUGCCAGACAUCUAGUUUUAACUCUAAGCCCAAAUUCAGUUGCUAAAGUGAUGCCACAACUAAAGAGUGUAAAGACAAAGGGCCAGAAACAAACUGUUAGCUCAAACUUAAACCAGUAUCCUGCAUAUGGCUCAGUGCCUCUUUCACCUACCAUGACCAGGCAGAAAGAGAGAAGAAAAACAUUACACAGUAAAAGUAAAUUUAGUCUCAAAGUUCCACCUCAAAAGUCAAAGAAAACACCAACUUCACGGGUAUCUCAAAUCACAGUAUGUCACACUUCAGAAUGUAACAAGUUAAGACACAGGUAUAAAACCAAGAAGAAAGAGUUACAUCAAAGAAAAGGUAUAUCAGGUAUAGCGUUGUGUCUUAUUUAUGCUUUCAAGCUUGUUCCUCCUUAUGUUAGGAAGUAUUCCAGGAAAAGACUAGCGAAAUUUAUGCCAGGUUUAACAGGAUGUAGACAUUUUCUGCUGAAGCAAAAUAAGUCACUGUAUGCAGAGAAAGUCAACUAUGCAGGGCCUGUUGAGAAAAGAGGAACCUCAGGGAGUACUCAAAACGAAAAGCAUCAUGGCAGAGACAGUAAAGAACUAAAAAACAUUUCACCAAAAAUUCCACCUCAGCUAGAAGAGUCUUUCAUGGUCAAUACUUCUACACAAAAAGCACCUCGUUCUUCAUUAAUAGAAACAAACUGGAAGAAUAAAGAGUCUCUUAAAGACCCAAUUUUACAAGCAAAGGAAACGCAUAUUGCAGAGUUUUGUGCCCCAAAUACUGAAAAAACAUCUGACCUGCAUAUUGCAAAGCAUGAGACACCUUUAGAAGAAGCUAUAUCAUCACCUUUGCAGAAAUUUGAUUCCUCUCCCAAAAUGGAGUCGGACAGAAGAAAGAAAACACGGGAGGACCUAAAAAGUACAGAGAAUUCACAUCUUCUACUUACAAGUGGAGAGAAGUUACCAACUAGUACGUCAGAAAUGCAAAGGUGCUUUCCAAAGGGAAAUACCCAAGAAAAAGAAGAUUUUCUUGAAAUUGUUCUGGAGUCUUCAGAUGUCAACUUGCUCAUUUCACUAGGAACCAAAAAGCAUAAAAGCAAUGAACGAUCAGCAGGUGUAGAAAUUCAAGAGAGUCCAGGAGGUGUAAUUGGGAGGGAAAAGAAACCAUUAAUGGUUAAUGUUACAGAAGAUGGUGACCUAAACGAAGGUGAGGAACUCGAAUGCAACACUAGGAGCAGCAUAAACAAUAGGCAAGAUGAAAGGAUAUCUGAUGCCUUUCACGACGCUACUCACACUGCCCUUUCUGGACCGCCUCACGUGGAAACACAGAGCGGAUUAGAAACCAAGACAGAUGCAUCAAGAAUAGCGCUUAGUCAUUCAGCGGUAAAGCAAGACGGAUUACCAGAUGACAAGAAACCAUGGAGUGCCGAGUACAUUGAGAAGAGACGUAUAUUUAAAAAACCACAGGAACACGACAGAGAGGAGGAACGACAGGCUCUAGAAGAAGCAGAUGCGCAGCUGACACCAGGUUUCAGGUUCAGUCUACGACUAAAGCGGAAGCCCAAGUACGUCAGAUUUGAAAUAGGACAGAGCUGUUCAGAAAGUAGAACAGCUCAUAACGAAGAGCUAGAGGUACAACCACACACUCUUUCUCCAGAAACGACUGUGGGGGCUGGCCCAUGCCCCACAGUGGAUCCAUUUCAGGUUGAGAAGGUGAAGCAAAGCACAGACAGACCGGCAGGCAGGGAAACUGCAGGUCCAGUGCAUCCUCUCACAGUGUCAGAGAGCUUGCCAGUUUUAACUGAAACAACAGAACAUGGUGUUGCAUUGUGUGGAAGCCCCGGAAAGCCCCUGGAUGAUCCAACUGCAGAAGAAAAGGAAGACUUCAAAAGAGGUUUACCUGAAGUUGCCCUGGGGUCUUUCCAUAGGCGUAUGCUUCCUUUAUCAAAUGUGAAAAGGCAGAGAAUCAGAAAAAAGUUACCAGAAACCAAAAGUGUACUCUGUCUCAACUGUGUAAUUAUGAAAGUAAAGACACCACCAGUACCUCGUAGAAGAAGAUUGAGAGGUGAUUUCAAAAUCAUGAUUAAACAAACACUGCAAGAUAAAACUGUGGCAGAUAUGUUUCUGGAUGUUAUUGACCCUCACGUGUCUAUUUUGCCUCAUAUUAGAACACACAGCAGAUUAAAUGCAGAGAAUCACAGUCAUACCAAGCUAAAACAAGAGAUACCAGAAGUUGAAAGAGAAGAAAAGUAUUCAGAUACCAUUACUAAAGGAAGUGACUCUGGAGACACAAGAGAAGUAGCUAAAUUGCAACAUGAAGUGAGUGGGGACAAAGCUUCACCAGAAGCAGUCCUUGAGGACUGCUGGAACCUCAGAUUGGAUGCAUAUCCAGAGAAAGAGCUUAAAACAAAGACAGUAAUGCAACAACCAAUCACAUUUGCAGAAAUUAUGAUGGAGUCUGUUUACUCGGCCAUAACAGAUUCAUUCCUUGCUGAGAAUAUGAAGAAAAUCCUGACCACACAAACAGAUUUAAGAUGCACUGCAGAUUCUGAGAUGCCUCCUCCAGCAUCAGAAAAAUCACUGACUGGAGACCCUUUAACAACAAGAGAAAGUGAUGUUCCAGAUUAUGGAAGUGAUACAAGGGAAAUGGUUUGUCCUUUUGCAGAAACAAAGGCAGAAUUACCCAAAGAUUUACCAGAAAAUUUCCCAGAGACUUUUAAUUGCCACAUGCCUGUUUUACCUCAUUCUAAAGUGAAGAAAAAUAGAGUAGGAUUCUCAUACCUAGAACGUAGAGUGAAGUCCAAGUCUGUACACAUGAAGGCAUUGAAGCCAUCAAUUUCACAAAUAUGUAAUAUCACAGGUCAUAGAAAGAAACUGGAAUCUGACUUUAAGGCCAAGUUUGAAAAGGUCAACCAAGCUAAUGGGCUGGUUUAUGAAUUUCUAAACACCUUUUACUCUCCUGCGUACAGCAGGUUACAAGGAGAGACAAACAGCUUCUGCCAUGCUCAGGUAAAGCUCCAGGGACUAGCAGGUGAGGGGAGACCACGGUAUGUUGACUUCUUGGAUAAGAGUAGUGCAUUCUGUGACAGAGAAGAAAAAGUACAAGAUGGGGAGGAAGAGGAGCAAAAAACGUUGCUAGUAACUGCUCCGAAGCAUAACCGGUACCUCUGGAUCAAUGGGUAUCAAGGGAAAGAGACCCACCUUGCUGAACCAGACCCAGCGCUGGACCGUUUAACACAGGAACAAGAUAUACAGCACCGAACAUGCUUUACACAAACUGCUUUGCAGACUGGCCUCCAGAUGGGUCCUCGAGAAGCUAAGGAACUCCAGAAGAUCAACAAACCAGAAGACGACAUAACAGCCCCUACGGGUCUGGAGAUUCCAGCUCCCAAGGCUUUACCAGCUCCAGAGACUGGCCAAGGCCUCGUAUUCCAUGUACAUCAGAAGAGGGAUCAUGACCUUGUCCACUCAGAUGAGGAACCGAAACAACCAGGAAGUAUAAACAUUCAGGUACAACCACAAACGCAUCCUGCACAGACUAUUUUAAGCUCUGCUUCAUGCCCUACAUCGGAUCAGCUUCGAAUUAGACAGCUCGAGAGCUAUGCUAGGUUUCCACCUCCAAUGUCAGGAGAAGCAAACUUUGAUGAACAAAUAUUUUCUGCACGAGAACGUGGUGUUCCAUCUGAUGCAAACCAUCGAAAGGAACAAGCUGAUGGUAUUGAAAAGAAGGAGACAGUGACUUUAGAUUUCUGCCUGGCUUCUUUAUCUAUAUCCAAAAGCAAGAGAAGCUUCAAACAAUAUUCAGACGUGAAAACCUUAAUGAAGCCCAAAUGUGGAAUUUUAAAAGCAAAGAAGCCAUCAAUUUCAAACGUGCUCAAUAUCAAGGGUGGUGCCAGCCCAAAUCACAGAAAAGAAUUGGGAUAUAACUUAACAACCAAAAUGAAAGAGGUGGAUCAAGGUGAAAAAAUGGCAGAUGACAGGUACUCCCUCACGUCUGUUAUACCUGCCAUUAAUAGGUGUAGCAAGAGAGAGAGGGAAAAAGACAUGUUCGGAGAAAAAAGACUCAGUUCUAAACAAGUAAAGCGAGAGAGAUCACCACAGGAAGGUAAUAUGCCUCCGGAUGACACCAAAGAAACCAAUCUUCAAGAUGAAGAGGAAGAAGAAGGUGAACAGGAGAUGUUGUUAAAGAUAAUUCCACAGAACAGCCAGCAUUUCAUCUUCUGUUCAGGCCAGAGGAAGGAGCUUGACCUUCACAAAUGGGGAAACAAAGGACGUGGGAAAAUUCUGUUUGUUACAGGACAAGACGUCCCACGACGAACACAGCUUCCAGAUCCAACCCAGGCAGAGAAGCCAGAGAGAAGCCAGCAGACACUAAAUGGCACGGUGUGGUCAGCAAAUUCAACCCUGCCCUUUCUAAAGUCAAAGGAAUCACUGACUGGUCCAGUUUUAAUUGAUACAACGAAAUGUGAUGUCCCAAGUAAUGGGAGAUGUACGGGGGACCUGUACGAUCAUGGUAAAGAGGAAAAGGCAGAGUUUAAAGAAGAUGUACAAGCAACUGUCCUAGAGCUAGAGAAAUCACCAAGCGAUGGGGAAGCAUGGGAGGCCACUUUGACUGAUACACAAAGCAGAUCCAGCAACACAGGUAAAAUGAAUGUGCCACAUAGAAAGGAAGAGGAAAAUAUCCCAGAAAUGUUAGCAGAAUCAGUUCUGCACUAUAGUCGACACUUCCAUCUCAGUUCCCAUCGUAUGAAAAAUCUUGGCCCCUGCAAACCCAAAUCUAAACUGAGUAGUUCAGAAGGCAGAAGGACUUGGAAUUUGUCUUGUGCCAUGCAAAAUACGAGGCAAGAAGAACACGUUAGAGAAACUGUUUUAGAGACUGUUUCUAGAAACGUGAUGAAUUUUAUUCGAGUACAGACACUGAAGAAAUGUCUUCAUACUCAAGAGGGAGUACAACAUAUGGUAGGUCUAAAGACCCCAUUUCCAGAAGCUAGAACAUCAGAGACUGGUUCCAUACGGUGUGAUGGUCUCUGGGAUGGAAAUCCGAGGAGGAAAUGGGAUUGUCCUGUUUCCAAGAAAGAGACAUGGGAUCAAAGUGACUUAGUAAGAACUGUCUUAAAGCCUUUAGAUUUCUCCAGCCUUGAUUCGUCUGAACCCAAAAGCCAGAGUGACACAUUAGAGGUUGCAGACAAGAAAAAUACAAUGAGUCCCAAGCAGGUAAUUCUGGAGGCAGAGAAACCAUCAAUUUUACAGGUGCUUAAUAGCACAAGGUGUCUUAUAGGAAUCCAUAGGAAAAAAACCCACAAAGUUAAGUACAAGAUAAGAGAGAGGCAAUGGAAUGAAAGUGUGAGAGAGACAUUACUCCUCACCACUGAGGGGGCUAAGAUUCCAACGCCCAAGUUAGUGAUUGAUCAAGCCUCAUUCGGUACAGCAGCGGAGGACACUCUGUAUAAUGACAGAGCACGUCACCAAAACCUGGGUGGCCUUGUUACAGAGAGAAAGGCAGUGUCGGAGGAAAACUUAGCCACAACUCUCUUGGGGCCUUUAGAUUUAUUCACGCCUGUUUUAUCUGACUCUGAAAGCCAGAUAAACACAGCACAAGAGAAAACCAUACUGAAACCCAGAUGUUUAGCUCUGAAGAAAAAGGAGCCACUCAUUUCACAGAUACUUAAAAUCAAUAGGCAGUUUGCCACAAAGCAGAGGACAACACUUAGAUCCAAUUUAAAAACCAAAAGGAAAGAGAUUUGGCGAGGGAAAAAUGUGGCUGUUAUGUUUACAAAUGCCAUUUACUUCACGUUGGAUACCUCUGACAUUAAAAGGCAAAGCAGAUUCAAAACAGAGAUAGACAGAAUAGCAAGAUUUAGUCCUGUACAACCAACACACGUGGAGUUGCCAGUUGAAAGCCGAGUGAUUUUACAAUCAGUUAAUGCCACAGGUCAUGCUGCUUUAAGCAUCAGUAAGGAACAGGAACAGGAACAGGAGAUGGGCAUUGAGAGAGAGAAAACUGUGUUAAAUGCAGACCUAAAAUCUACAGAUGCUUCUACGUCUAUUCCACCGCACAUAAAAAUGGAGCAGUCACCUAGUACCUGGGGUAACUAUGAAGAAUCUUCUGAAAAGAGAAAUGCCCCGAACAAAGCAAAAGUGACAGAGGAAGACGAGUAUGCCCAACAGGUCUUGUUUGGAACACCUCCACAAAAUACCCGGCCAUUUGAGUUUCUACAAACGAGACAGCAAGAACCAUGUGUCUCCGGAACCAUCCAGAAUUCUGCUUAUGCUUACAAUCCUAAAUAUCCUAAAAUCCUAAAACAGAAAGCUAAUGCAGAAGCAGCAGGUGUGAAAAACACUACGCAUACUGAACAGGUAAAAUCGAAGGCAAAGAAACCACUUGUUUCCCUGAUGUGUAACACAACAGGGUGUGAAACCCAAAGCAACGAAAAGGAAACAAGGUGUAACAUCAAGAAACAGAAGCCGGGGUUCCAGCAAGGUGAAGCUGAGGUAGAGUUCGUUCUGAAAACUGUUUGUGACUCUAAGCCUAUUCCACCUGAAACUCAAGCACUGAUGGAAGCAGAAAGGGAGAAAGGCAAGGCACAAAGGCUGAUACACAUUCCCCCAGAGCCAAAGCUGGAGAAAGCGCUAAACGGAAGACAAAUAGCACUUUCACAGUCCAUUGCUAAGAGUGCUAAAUCAAGAAACAUUAAACCACUGAGACAAUAUAUUAGAGCAAAGUACCAGACUGCUUCACCAGACGCUCUCCCACGGUGUAAAUACCGAUUCGUGAUGAGCCAGCCACUGAGGAAGGGGCCUGACGAUGUCAAGUUCACAGACUUGAAAAGAGAAGUAUAUCCUGAUCGACAUUCACAAAAGAGGGAAAGCAACUGCACUACGUCUGACAUCUCAAGAAUUAGAUUACACACAAAACACAAAUCCCUUAUCACACCAGGAGGAAAGGGGGGAGAUGGAGACGUGACCCAACAUCCAUUUCCAGAUCCACAGUGCAGGGAAGUACCCAAGAAAACGGACAUGUCCUUACGUUCAAAAGGACAGAAUACGUUUCUUCCAGAGUUGGAUGCUUCUCAGCAGAAGACUUGCAAGGAGCAGAAACUGCUGAAACAAGGAAGUAUUUCGAGGACACACCUGGAGCAUACUUGGUAUCCCAUUAUGGAAACUCCUCAUUUGGAAACUACAGUAAAGGUCUCUGAGGAAGGUAUGCACAUUGACAGAAAAAAUAUUUCACAUCUGUUGGGAAGAGAAGGAUUAAGAGAAACUGAUAUCUUACAAGGUUCAAAAGGACAGACAUUUCUUGGUACAGAUGUAGAGGCCCAGCGAUAUAGGUCUGCAGUGCAGAAAGGAGAAGUGAAACCAGAUCACGCUCCUGAACGGAUUCUGGAUUCGUUAUCUUGCCCCAGUGAGGAGCCUCUGCACGUAAAAGGGGCAAGAAAUGCAACAGGGAAAGAAAAUGUUAACAUCCCUGUCGUUUCAAGUGUAAAUCCGUGGAGAAAAGAGAAACCAAAGUUAAUGGAUAUUCUGUCAAAAUUGAAUGGACAGAAAAUAAAGUUUUCCAAAAACUGGAGGGCAAAGCAACAAAAUAGUUCUAACCAGAAGAAAGAAAAUCUGGAAUCAGUUUCCUCUUGCAUAUUGCAUCAACUCCAUAUUGGAAAGCGACAGAAAGAAGUCUCAGCCAAAGGAAUCAGUCCAACAGGUUUGAGCCCAGUGGUAGAGAAAGCAUCAAACAAAGCAGAUAUUCCAGUGGAUCAACCUCCAUGCUCAGAAGGAAUUAAUGUGCAUAUUAGAGGAAGAAAAGAACAUCAACAAGAAAAUACAUGCAAGGCUCUUCCAACAUCUGUUUCUCUUUCUAUGAUGAAUAUACUUCAGAUUAAAUCGUUAAGGGUAAUGAAAGCAUUAAAGGAAGUCGAUAGUCCAACGUACCUCACUUCAGAUACAGAAGGAAUUGGCUUUCCUAUUGCAGGAAGAGAAGAGCAACCAGAACGUAUACGACGUAUGUGUCGCAAUCUUGCUUCUGACUCUUCGAGAGAUCUAUUUCCAAGUAAGAUGCCGUACGAAAAGAAGGCAUCGGAAGAAGUAGUUAGCACAGUGGAUUACACUCCAAGUGCAGAAGGAACUGGUUCGCUUAUCACAGGAAAGGGAGACCAGCAAGAGACACGUACUUACGAGGCUCUUCGAAAGUGUGCAUCUCACUCCCAAGCAGGUCUACGUGAAACUGAUACCCCAGCGCAAGAAGUAAAACUAGAUGGCACAAAUAGGAUGAACUGUGAAUAUUCACCUCCACAGGCUAAGGAAGCAUUAAAAGGAAUGGGUGUUAUUGUUGGAUAUAUUCCAAAAAGUGAAGGAAGACAAAAGUUACCCAGGAGAGAACAAAGCCAGCAGCACCUGCUGACUCCCUCUGAGAAUCUUCUGGAGCAUACGUCUCACCCUCAAAACAAUCCCUGGUUGCUGCCACAUGUAACACCUCCGACAAAGGAAGCAUUAGCAGAAGUAGGCAGUGUGUCAAGCAGGACAAAAGGAUUAGACUUGAUUUCUAAAGAUCAACUAAAUACCGGAUGUGAGUAUGGCCUGGAAUGGACUGUACCCUCGAUUCCUCCAAGGCAAACAACAAAACAAAGUACAAGACCGCCUCUAGAAUCAUUCACUAAAACUGUAAAAUAUCAGAAUGUCUCAUUGCCGAAAGGAGAGAAAUCACUGGAUGGGGCGCAGGUAAUUGAUUCAAUAUCAAAUAUUAGCUCCCCCAAGCUAAGAGUUAGAAAGAAUGUGCAAUUACGUAAAGUGUAUCCAAAAAAGGUGCAAAAAGAGGUAUGUCUACCUGGAUUAUUUUCACAUUCUCUUUCUAUCCAUAUGCCUCUUUUGCCUGAAAAUAAAAGACAGAAGAAUGACUUAAAGCAAGGAGUUAAGAAAGGCAUAAUACACCCCCAAAGAACUUUGGAGAAAUUGGUAUUUUCAAAUAUAUUUAAUACCACAGACGGUGGUAGCCCAGGCAAUAGAACAGAACUGCAGUGGAGCAUAAAAGAGAAAAUGGUAAAUAUAAAACAUAGAAAGGUCAAACCCGAUUUGGUUUUGACAAAUAUAUAUGAGUUCAUCCCUUCUUUACCUUACCUCAAAUUGAAUAAAAAGACAAUUGAUGAGAUUAUCUCAAAUAAUGAAAAAGGAAUAAGACAACUUAUAUCACAGAAAAAGGAGGAAGGAAGAAAAGUCAAUAUGAAAGCAAUAAUGGAUCCCAACGGUAUCUUGAAAGCAAAGAAAUCAUCACUGUCACGUAUACUCAAUGAAAAGGAAUUGCCAGGGCUGUUGACCAUUAUAAAACAAGAGAGCAACGUGCAGACAGGUAAAGGUAAAUCAGGUGUGAAACUGACAAACCUGUUUACUUCCUUACCAUCUCUAUCACAUCCUAAUUUGAAUCCAAGAACAAAAGGGGGAAGAGGUAAGUCAGGAACACCAUGGAACUGCCUUCCGCCACUAAACCUCCAGGCAUCAUCAAAUAUCAGGAAAACAUCAUUUGCAGAGUCAAUUAAUAGAGACAGUUUAAGCAACAUAAUAGAAUCAAAACAACGUUCGCCCCAGAAAAAGAAGGAAGAUGGAGACAGUAUAGUAUAUAUGAAAGAUAUAAGGGGCUGCAGAUGUGCUAAAAGAAAGAAAAAACUUUUUACACGUACACUGCAUGGAAACGAACCACAGUGGAACAAUAAAGAGCAAGAGAAAACGAUGCAGGAAGAUAAGAGUGAUCUGGUUGUAGUUGAGAAGAAGCCCUGUGUUUCCGUUCCGCCUUCACCUCACCUGGAACGGGGUCCUGCAGUGAAAGAGGAGGCGUGCGUGCGAGGAGUGUCAGGGUUCUGCCCUCCACCAUUGACCCUCCAGGGAUUGUCAGAUGCAGUGAUAAUAUGUGGGGAGCCAACUGAUGAUAUCUUAAGCAGCACAGAAAGAUCAAAAUGUAUGUCACAGGAGAAUGAAGAUAAAGUGGAAAUGGCUUUGGAAGAGAUAAGGAAUCCCAAAAGAAUAGCUUUGGAGGCGAACCAGUCUCCAGUUGCACGGGAAUUACAGUUGAACAUCAAAAAGAAAGAGGAAAAGAUGCAGGAAGAUAAAGAUGAACAGGUUGGGAUUCAGAGAAAAUCUUGUGUUUCCAUCUCUUCUCCGCCUUACUGUGAAGUGGACACAAGAAGGACAGGAGAAGCAACCACGCUAAGAAAAACAAGAUCCUCUUUUCUACAACCAAAACUCCAGGAUUCUUCAGAUGCAGGAAACAUAGCUCAUAAAAAGUCUGUUUAUGGUGAUAACUCAAACAAUGUAAAAAAAGCCAAAGAACAUAUAAUGCAGGAAGAAGAGGGAAGAGUAGAAAGGGUAAAAGUCCUACCUUUGGAGAAAAAGAAAUCACCAAGUUCACAGGAAAUCCAGUUGGACAUCAAAGAACAAAAGAAAAAGAUACAAAGAAUUCAGGGUGAACCAAGUGUGAUUUUGACAUGUACUUCCAUACCUGCUACUUCUUUUAAGUUGGAUAUAAGAAUAAAAGAGGAAGGCUACAGAGCUGAAGUAACAAGGUACUCCCUUCCAGAGCCAUCACACCAGAAAUCAUCAGAUGUAGUGAGAAAAGAAAAUAAAGAGUUCAUCAAGGGUGAUAUCACAAGUGAUGUACAAGCGGCAAACGAAUAUCUGCCCCAGAAAGGAGAGGAUAGAGGAAAAAUAGUAAAUAUGAAAUAUAUAAUGUACUCCAAAGAGACAACUUCCAAGGCAAAGGUAUUACCACUUCCACAUACACCCAAUACCCCUGGCAGGUGCAGCCCCCAAAUUAGAGAAGUACAGACAAACAGAAGAGAAGACUUGGGACACGUGCAGGAAAGAAGAAGUGAACUAGAUGAGGUACUGACAGAACCUUGUCUGCCUCAAUUUACAUUAAGCAAAGUUAUAGAAGGCAAGAAAGAGAAGCAAGGAGUAAUAAAACCCGGCAUUCCAUCCUCAUGGCACAGGGAAUCGUCAAAUGCAGAGAAAUUAAAAUACACACUGUCAGCUGUUAAUGAUAUCCCAGGUGAUUUGAAAAGAACAAAAUACAUGACACAGAAAGAAGAGGAUGGAGCAAAUAUUUUUGUGAGACACCUAGUGCAUCCCAAGUGCUUAGCUCUGAAAGCAAAGAAAUCACCCCUUUUCCAUACACUCCAAGCAAAGAAACUGCAAGUGAACAUCAAAGAGCAAGUGAAAGGGGUGCAGGAAGGUAGAAGGGACACGGUCGUGCUCCUGAGCAAAAUUUGUCCUUUCGUCACUUCUUCAGUUCAUCUUAAAUUUGACCCAACAACAGAAGAAGAAGGUGGUCCAGGAAUCAUAAGGAAUUAUGUGCCACCCCCCGAGCUCCAAGAUUCAUUGCCUUCAGUGCAGAUAGCACGUCCGAAGUCAACUCAUAGCCACAGAAAGAAAGGAAAACAACAUCCACCACCGAAAGAAAAGGACAGAGUACAGACAGCAGCCAUGAGCAGCUCAGUGCGUGCCAGUGGCACAGAUUUCAAGGCAAAGACAUCAUCCCCUCCUUGUGUGUUCAGUGUUGCUGAGCACGGUGCUCUGAGUAGGAGAAAGGAACCAUGGCCGAGCAUUGAGGAGAGAGUAGAACAGGGGCAGGGAAGAACCGAAGACCUUGGUGUGGCUCCAACAAACACGCCUCCUUCCUCGCCGUCUCCAUCUCACCGUAGAUUGGAUGCAGGAACCAAAGGAGACGAAGACUUGCCUGCAGUUGCAGGAUUCGCUCCUUCACCGUUUCAGCUCCCUGAGUCAUCAGGUGCAGGGAAAAUCAGAUAUGCAGAUUCCAGUCAAGGUAUUAGCUCAUGUAAUGGAAUCAUUAAAACUAACGGACAUAUGCCAUGUAGAGAGACAAAGGUCAGAGUAAAAACAAAAGACAAGAAAGAUAGGAUAUACCCCCAAAAAAUAACUUUGGAAGCCCAUACAUCCCCGCUUACACAUCUACUCAGUAGAAAGAGACUACCUUUGAAUGACAAAGAGCAGGGGAAGGAAGUGCAGGCCCUCAAAGGUGAGCCAGAAAUGGUUCCGAGGGAAACGCGUGCCUCCUUACGUGCUGCAUCUUACCUGAAGUGGGACGCUAGCAGGACUGAAAAGGAAGACACAGAAAGAAUAACACGAUCCUGUUUUUCACCACUGACGAUUUGUGAUCCAUUCAAUCCAAGCAAAAAAGCAGAUGCUAAGUCAUUUGAUGGUUAUUUGUUAAAAGACGAAGAUAGACUCAAAACAAGUAUUGAAGACAAAGUGCCCCCAAGUGAAAAAGCAGAUACUAGGUCAUGUGAUGGUUGUAUGUUAAAAGAGGAAGUUAGACUCAAAACAGAUACUCAAGACAAAGUGCUCCUGAUACCUGUGCAUCAGAACGCAAAGGAAUUACCACUUUCACAUAUACGUGAUACCAAAGAGUUGAAGUGGAAAAUUAAAGCGCGAAAGAGAAAGGUACAGAGGGAGGACAGUAAACUAGUCACAAAACUGAAAACCAUCUAUACUUCUUUAGUGGCUCUACCAUAUCUUAAAUCUGAUAUAAUAGAAGGAGAGGGGUACAUGAUAAUAAUUACAAAAUUGCCUCUCCCACAAGCACAGUCCAAGGAAUCAUCAGAAUAUGCUGAAACCAAUGAGGGACAACUUUCAAAAGAUGUAAAAAAGUUAAAAGAACACGUGCUACACAAAGACGAGAAGGAGAGAGAGAGAUAUGUGGAUAUGAAGAGUAGAGUGGACCACGAUAAUAUGGAUUUCAAAGCAAAGGAAUCACCUGUUUUACUUACAUACGAUCUAAGUGACCUUCAGGGGAAAACUAAAGGGCAAGAAGGGAAGGUUCAGGAAGAUAAACGGGAGCCGGGUGAUGCAAUACUGACCGAGACUUGCACUUCUAAAUCUUCUCCUCUUCACCUUGACAAAAGCCCCAGCAUCAGAGAAGAGGGCAUGCCAACGUUAUCAAGACCCUCUUUUCCCCCAGUAAACUUCCAGAAAUCUUCAGGUUCUGAGGACGUGGUACAUGCAGAGCCAAUGGCUAGUGAUACUAUCAUCAGUCCCCCAAAAGAAAAACAACAUUUGCCCCAGAACAAGGAAGAGGAUGGAGUAGAAAGAGGAAACCUCGUGUCCCCCAAACAUCACGAAAAGGAGAUGCAGGAAAGUAAAGAUGGACCAGGUAUGGUUCUGACCAAAUCUUCUACUUCAUCACCAUCUCUCCCUGCCCUCAAAUUGGAUAAAGAAGUACAAGUCAAUGAUGAAAUGCUAGCACUUGAAAGGUCUAUUUUGCCGAGAAUAUCAUGUGCAGGGCAAAUAGUACAUACAUAUUCAAUUAGUGGGGAUACCAUGAAAGAUGUUCAAAGCGAGGAACGGCCUGUGCCCGAGAAAGAAGAGAGGGAAAGAGAACAAGCGGUAGAUAGGAGAGGUGCGACGCACACCGAAGAUACGUCUUGGGAGUCCAAGAAGCCACCUUCCUCACACGUGCUCCACAGAACAGAAUUACAUGUGAACAUUGGAGGGGUAGAGCAGAAGAAGCAGGAAAGUCAAGGUAAACCAGCCAGUACGGUGGUAAGAAACAUUUAUGUUUCCAAACCUCCAGCUGAGCUGGAAUUGGAUCAAGGUACACAAGUAGAUGAAGGAAGGCUUGGAAUUAAAAAACCCUCUCUACUUUCACGAAUGCUUUCAGCAUUAUCAGAUGCAAAGAAGAGACCAGCUACGAAGGGAAUUGGUAGUGAUGUAAGCAAAAGAAAACAACGUAUGUCAGAGGAAGAAAAAAAGUAUGAUGUGCAAGAAGGAGAUAUGAGGCUCAGGACAGAUCACGAAGAGGCAACGAUUUCACCAAUACCACAUGUCCUUAGUACAGAGGAAUUUGUGUUGAAUGUCACUACAGGGCCAGGGGAAAAAGUGCACAAAGGUAAAGAUGAACCAUGCACGGUUCUGACAAGAACUUUUCCUUCCAUCCCAUCAGCACCUCUUUAUCCAGAGUCAGGGAGCAAAACAGACAUAGACGCACCAGGAAUCAUGGGAUCCUCUCGUCCACAGCAGAAUCCCCAGGAAUCAUCAGAUACCCAGAAAACAGCAAUUGGAGAGUCAGCUGCUGGUAAGAGUGAAAUUGUUAAAAAUGCAGAACACUCGGUGCCAGAAGACACCAUGCAACAGUGGACCUCAAACUUCAUGAUCAAUGUACAGCGAAGGAAAGAACCUCCAGGAGUCAAAUCUGAAGGAGAUUUGAGUCGGUUACUUUCACAUUCACAGCAUGAGGACUUUUAUUUCACAGGAUUUGAUACCAUUACGAGUGGGGAAAGGCCGGAAUCUUUCUUUUCAGGGCCAGAGGCUCAGCGAGAAAAAUACAAACCAGAAACUUUUACUAUGGUUCUUUCCUUCCCCAUGAUGGAUCGAACUAAAAUCGAAAAUCUGAAGAAAGAAACGGAAAUAGUGAAUAACUUAAACCAUAAAAUAAGUCCUCAGGUUUUAGUUUCACUUCCAAGGAAACUAUCCAAGGACACAUAUGCCACACUUGGCUCCCCUGUCAGUUCAGAAGGAUUUUCUGCCUCAGAGCAAGGUUGCCAACAAGAAACUUUAUCAAAAGCAUCUCUAGGAUCUGCAGAGUCAUGUAAAUUUGAUAGGCCAGAGGAAGACAGACGAAAUAAUGAAAAAAUAAGUGAAAUGUCUUCUCCCAAAGUGUUAGCACCACAGACAAAGGAAUCACUUGAGAAAAUGAAUAUCACAGAGUCAAAUGACCCCCAAAAUAUAGAAAAAGAAGUUGUCGUGAAAAAGCAAGUGUUGGUGCAGUCUGGGAGUGGACAGAAGACCAGGGUGGAUUCUAGCCUUUCUCUGAAGAUUCCACUUCAAAAUGGAAAGCAGAAGACACCACUGGAAAUAGAUAUGCACAAGCAAACUACAGUGUACCCCGGAAUACAAAUACUACCAGGAAUACACAUGGAUAUUACAGAGUUUGAUGCCCAAAGAGGGAACAGGGAGCAGACAUCGCUUGUUCCAGAACAAGAGGAACACAGUCUAGAAUCACUUCAGAAGUCUAUUUCCUCCUGCUGGACUUUUGCACUUCAAUCUGGAGAUCUGGAGGAAAAAAAAGAAACUGACACAAGCUCUACUAGAAAUCUGGUGCAAAAAAGGUUACAAAUAAAAGAAGAGAUAUUAAAAAUAGACACAAAUAUAGCUGUCCAUCUGGAAGAGGACAAAAUAGAAAUGCACAAACACACCGUUGUUAAUCUGGAGGAGGAGACAAUAAAAGUGGACACAAGCAAUACAGUAAACCUGGACCCUGCAUCUCUAAAGGCAGAGGAACCUCAAAUUAAGACUCAGGUAGUCACUCAUAUGGCAAACAGCUGCCUAAUCAAGCAAAAACAUGAAAAGGAACGAGAAGUGUCUGGUGCAAAACAAAACGUUCAGCUACAAAAAAUGUUUCAAAAACAUGUUCUGGAUUCAUUUUAUGCCUAUAUUCCUCUUCCUCCCACAGUUGGAGGCCAGAAAGGCAGAUUAACAAUAGCAGACUUGAAAAGAGAAUUGAGCCCCAAAUAUUUAAAGAUGAAAACCCCAAAGCAUCCAGUUCUACAGAUUCUAGACAACACGGGACACGGUACUCCUAGCAAUCGAAAGAAAUUAGAGUAUAACUUUAACAAACCAAAGAACAUAGCUGUGUGGACAGAAGAUGCCGCAGGAAUAUUUGUCAGAAGCCUUUCUAUUUCCAUGGUGAGUCCGUCUCAGACUAAAGAAACAGUAAAAUCUGAGACAAACCUAGAAAGAGCAAAGAGAACCCGACUUGCGAAAUUCCAGAAGUCACCAAACACUAGUGAAACUGUGCAGAGGGGCAGCUCAAGCGCUGUGAAAGGAGGGGAGCAGAAUGUUACAGAGACAGAUCCACGGCAUUCCCAGCCCUUCGUGGUGGAUGAACAGCAAAUGCGCAAACGUCCUAGUGUCACAUCAGAAGCAAAGCUUAGCAGUCAAAUAUAUAAAAAUGUAGCUCCACAAACAAAAGAAAGUGUUGUUCCAGGCGAUCACGUCUCCAGGAUAGUAAAAGAACCUGACUUGCUUAUGAUCAAGCAAGAGAAGGCACCAAAACCCAUUCAGACGCCUCCAGAGUGUCCGUUCGUGUCUGAAGACCCAAAGGGAAAUCGUGCGUCGCCGCCCAAGCAUAGGCGUCAGAGGGAACCCGUGCAGGGCGCAGCCGUGCAAAAGGGCCGGCAACAAAAGCCGUCUCCGGGGGCCGCGCCCCGGCCACCCCAAGUUAAAAGUCAUCGCAUAAAAAUAGCGGCAGAGAGUCCAAGUGCAGAAAGUUUAUUUCCUCUUUACGAAGCAAUUAAAAAUGUCACUGAAUCCCGGGUAAAGAGUACGAUUCGAGACACAUUUUUUCCUAAUAUACUGGAACAAGUAAAAGACAAUCAGCCUGACAAUUGCAAGUCGCCACCUCUGGCAGCGGGUCCAGACGCACCGUCCAUGACGAGACCUCGCACAUUGCAGCCAAAGCCUAUUUCAGAAAAUUUUACUUGCCAAGAAAAUAUCAAGCCCACUAAUCAUUCAGAGUCAAGAGCACCUGAAAUAAAACUGAAUUUGAUACCAGAGGUGGUAAAACCAUCCUUCCAAAAGUUCAACUUUUAUCAAAAACCGGCUAUUUCAAAACGUAACAGUUGGAAGCUCUAUCCAAGACAUAAAAAAAUGUUCUUUUUGUCUCUGGGAGGGGUUGAUACCAUAGAAUUUAAGCUAAAGCACAAAUACCAAAAAGACUCACCUCCUGUCAGCUGUAUGAAGUCACUGACUGUUAAUGUUUCAAGGGGCAGUGAGAAGAGCAUUAGAAAGGUGAAGAGUAUACAUGAGCCAGAAAGUGGAACAUCUCCUUUGACUUCUGCUAGAGAGAUGGCAUUGCCUCAUAUUCUCCAAAACUAUUCAGUAGGAGCAAAAAACAAACUUCUCAUACACUUUUCUAAGAAAACACUGGAGAUCCAAAUGACAGCCUUCCCCAGAAUCGUAAGAGAAUCUUACACAAUGGCCAGGGCUCAGGAUGGAAGAAAACCUGUAUCUAAAUGUGUUCAUUCUGGUGUCAAAGUAGCAAAACGAAAAAACAGAGUUUUGUUACUUUUUGAGGAAAAAUCUCUUCAUCGGAUGGAUCUUGAUUUACAAUACAAAUACCUUCGUAUUCUCCUGGGCUCUCCAGUCAAAAGUAUGUUCCCUAAGCCAAAUGCACUUCCCAAACAUGUUCUUAAAUUACAGACAGUUGCAAUACAUAAAAAAGUAGACAACAGUGGAGAACGUGGUCGUCUUGCCGUAGAUACAAGACCAUUAGAAGAACACAUCUCUUUCAAACGGCAAAGUUUCCAUGAAAACUCAUUAGUCAGACAUUUCUUGGAGCCCACGCAGGUGUGCGCUUCUGACGCUGAUCCACACAACACAGUGCGGAACGAUACCACGGCUCUUUCAGAGUUAACAUCUCAUGCGACUCCAGAAAAAGAUAAACGAUGCCAUGUAUUGUUUCAAGAAAUAAAUACAUGUGAAUCUGUUGAUUUAAAGACUCAGGAUUUAGCUGAUUCCCAUUCAAUACAGAAUUUUGAAGAUUUUACGGAUAGUCAGACAGAUACUGAGAGUUCAGAUAACUUGGAGGAAUGCUCGGCUCUUGAUGUACAUGAGAGGGAAGAAUGUGUGUUUUUAGAUGCCAACCUUUACUUAAGUUGGAGAUCACAGACUAGUCUGUUUGAAUUACAGAAACACAUGCCUGUGGAAAAUCUCUGCAAGAAGAACAAAAUCAAAACUGAUUUGAAACCACUUUACAGUGAAGAUUCGGGUUCCCAUCAUAUUAGAGGCUGUCGAAAACAUUCCUCAAUUGUGACACCACCUUCUUGUGAACCCCACAAAAGCAGGAAACAUAGGUCUUCUUCCAAAAUGCGACCUCCUGACUCGUGGUGUCACGGUUCCUUAAAUACUGUAGAGGUUUUCUCUGUAUCGUCUUCCGUUCUGUUCAGCGAAGAGAAGCUUUCGCAGACUACAAGGAGUGAAAAGCGUUAUUCUGCAGCCCCCUUAACGGACUCAGAUAUUAAAUCACAAUCUGCAAAGAGCCAAGGCAAACCUCACAGGCAUUCAGAAAGCAAAGAACGAAAGAAGGCCGCAUUGGAUUUAUCUAGAAAGAACAACACUCCUUGGGAAUGUGAGGACACUUAUACGCAGAGUAAAGAGAAACGCACAAGAAAGGAGAAAGUACGGGAUUAUGAGUCAGAAAGAUCAGAUUAUUUCCCAAGCAAACAUAAGUCAGCAUCAAAACCUCCUCAAGAGGAUAUCAGCUUCCGUCGUGAAAGAACACAAACCCAGCCAUUUUUUUAUGCCUGUAUACCAUCAGACUCGCUGGAGAUUAUACCCCAAACCGUUCGCUGGACUAUUCCCCCCAACAUUUUAAGGAAGAAGAACUUCAGAAUUCCCCUGGUGGCCAAGAUUUCAAGUUCUUGCAACGGAGGGAGUUCACCCAAAAAGCUGCUGGGGUCGCUGUUAGGGUCCUUCAGCCUCUUUCAUCAAAAAUGAUGUUACCAGAUCAAGAUUCAUCUCGAGGGGAAAGCUGCUCACUCUUGUGAUAUUUUUUGAUAAAUAAAAUCAUAUAAAGUCAAAUGGUUUCCUCAUGAAGUGUUUUCUAAACUGAUACCUUUUAUUUCUACAGCAGGUUUGCACAGUUCUGGGAGGGAUGGAUGGGAAAGCAGAUGGUUUCCAGUUUGGUCCAGCCGUGCGUGACGCCUCCCCUCAGUUUGUGCCGCCUCCUUAUAAUCCCCAGAGGAGAAG